GUGGGCGUCGAGGGCAUCAUGUGGGGCGACAGGGCGACUGAUUUGCCGCCGAUCGAGAAGCUCGAGCUCAGCCUGACCGGUGAGCCAGGGAAGAGUGUUUUCGACGUGAUUUGUUUGUAUUUGUUUGUGCAUUUGUUUGUGUAUUUGUUUGUGCAGUGUCGGAGGAUGUAGACAGUGACAGUUUCCACCAUCUGACGUCGACAUCGCUGCUGCGUCUGCGAGGCCUGCGUGGCCUCCACGUCAUGGUCAACGGCAGGCCAAUCAUCAAGUAUGGCACAUGUUUGAGCACGGAAUGACUGACUGACUGACAGACAGACAGACACUAGACGCUGCAU